AUGAUGCCAAACCUGCAAAGCUCGUCGGCGAAAGACGCUGCCAGCGAGCCACUCGCACCAACUGCCGAAAACGCCAUUAGCAAUGACGACGCUGUACUGGGGCAGUCAGAGACUCCAUUUCCUAGGGACAAUGAACUCAACGGCCAAUGCAGUUUUGACUGUUCAGGACUAGACGCUUUUAUGGACUUUGCGCCUGACCAAGCUGAGCCGGACAGUCUGUCAGGGUCGGCAGCUCACAGUAUGUGGUUGGAAAUGAUUUCCGAUUCCAGCAUCAUCAACCCCUGUCCUCCGACCGGAACCUCCGGUCAAGCCUGGCCUCCAAUCUCGACAACAACAGCCCCGUUGUUACGCGACACAAACGAAUCCUGGCUUAUUGCCGGAACUCACAACUCUGAAGACCAUGUGUCGAGCGAUUUUCAAUGGGCCUUGCCGUGGUUGACGGGACGUCCGACGGAUCUCACUGAUCAACAUGGCCCCGAUAUCCGGCGUACCCUCCCCAGGCGGCGUAGUCGGUAUCGAAAUAUGCAAUCCAAUCGUCAAACUGUACCAAUACCCAUGUCAGCUUCCUCGCCGACGGAAGGACUAGAUCCGAUGCAGCGAUGGAGGCAAUCACCCCCUCAAGAUGAGCCGGCCUCCCUUGCGGCCAUUCGAGACGCCCUCACAGAAACGCGCCACCGUACUGAAGGCCAUGGGAAUGCUGUUUCGCCGACGUAUGCCCACACCAAUUCCGGGACAAGCCUGGAAAGCGGUGGAAGCAGCUCGUCUGUGCCGUCGGCAGGCUCUGCCUGGUCUGCGACAUCGGGAGCAUCGCGGGGUCGGUACAGCUCUCUCGAUCGCGGCCGUCGAGGACGGAUUGCAAAGAAACGCCCAAACGCCAGUCAAAAAGAUGCGAAGGAUCCGCGGCCAUUCAAGUGCACGUUUUGCUGCGACAGCUUCAAGACCAAGUACGACUGGGCCCGCCACGAGAAGUCGAGACACCUCAACCUAGAGUCAUGGAUCUGUGCUCCGCGUGGUGGUUCCAUCCUGUCGACGGUCACAGGGCAGUUCCACUGCGUCUACUGCAAUGCCAUGGAUCCCUCGAAAGAGCACCUUGACAGUCACAACCACAGCGCAUGCCAUGAUCGACCGAUAAGAGCCCGCUCGUUUGGACGCAAAGAUCACCUGGUUCAGCACCUAAAAGUAAUGCACAAGCUGAGCGAGAUGCCUCAAUUCGAAGAUUGGAAAGCGGAGACCAUGGACAUUUCUUCGCGAUGUGGCUUUUGCGAUCGCGUGCUCUUGACAUGGAGCGAGCGAACCGGCCAUCUAGCGAAUCACUUCCGCAAAGGAAUGGCUAUGAAGGAUUGGAAAGGAGAACACGGUUUCAGCCCAUCCGUUGCACAGCAUGUUGCGCAUGCACUACCUCCAUACCUAAUUGCGUCUGAAUCACUCAGCGUCGAGCCUUUUUCCGCGACAAGCCAAACCUCGAAAGACCAUUUCAACCAGAUCUCGUCGCGGAGUCGAGGAGCAUGGAAGGGCAAGGCCGAGGCGACCAAGGAUGGCGAUGGACAAGAUGCGGCUGCGUUGCAGUCAGAAGCCAUUCUCAGUUCCAGGGCAGCAACUUCCAAGGCUUUCACCGAGAUCCUUGAGCAGCAUCUCAAACAUUUCGUCCGAGAGCAUCUGUCUCAUGGACUUGAUCCAAGUGAUGAGAUGUUAAGACAAGAAUCAAGGCGAGUUAUAUACGACUGCGAUGACGAAUGGAACCAAACCGUUGCGGACAAUUCCGAAUGGCUUGCAAGAUUCCGGCGGCAACAUGGAUUUGUCCCCGUGGGAAACGAUGGAAGAGAUAACGCUGGUAAGGAUGCGUAG